UCCGAAUGCUCCCCUCCGCCGCGCCGCCGCGCCGUUGCACCGCAUCGCACCGCCGCCCCAGCCGCACAGCAGCAGCAUGCCGCUCGCACUCCAGGAAUACGAGUUCGAGAGGCAGUUUAACGAAGAUGAGGCGAUCCGCUGGAUGCAGGAGAACUGGAAGAAGUCCUUCCUGUUCUGCAGUCUGUACGCCGCCUGCAUCAUCGGGGGGCGCCACCUCAUGAAGCAGCGAGAGAAGUUUGAACUGAGGAAACCGCUGGUGCUAUGGUCGCUAACGCUAGCGGUGUUCAGUAUCUUUGGCGCGGUGCGGACAGGAAGCUACAUGAUGCACAUCCUUUUGACGAAGGGGCUGCAGCACUCGGUGUGCGACCAGAGCUUCUACAACGGACCCGUCAGCAAGUUCUGGGCCUACGCCUUCGUCCUGAGCAAGGCACCGGAGCUGGGCGACACCCUGUUCAUCGUGCUCCGUAAGCAGCGGCUGAUCUUCCUCCACUGGUACCACCACAUCACGGUGCUGCUCUACUCCUGGUACUCCUACAAGGACAUGGUGGCGGGCGGCGGCUGGUUCAUGACCAUGAAUUACCUGGUGCACGCGCUCAUGUACUCGUACUACGCGGCACGCGCUGCGGGCUUCAGGGUAUCGCGGCGCCUGGCCAUGUUCAUCACGCUGACCCAGAUCAGCCAGAUGGUGGUGGGCUGUGUGGUCAACUACCUGGUCUACUCCUGGAUGCAGCGGGGCGCCGGCUGCCCCUCCCACGUCCACAACAUCGUCUGGUCCUCCCUCAUGUACCUCAGCUACUUCCUGCUCUUCCUGCACUUCUUCUACGAGGCGUACGUGGGCAAGAACAAACCCCCGGCCUCCGCCUCCACCGUGACCGCGACGACCAUCACCACAACGACCACGGACGCCAAGAAGAGCCAGUGAAGGAGUCACACGCGGAGGAGGAGAGGGUGGAGGAGUUGGAGUUGGGGAAGGAUCCCAUGGCUGACAGGAGAUGCUUGAGAGGAGGUUGCUGCUGAAGGCAAAAGGUUUUGGGGGAGGAGGAGGUGGACGGGGUGAGGGGUGGAGGUCUGGUGGAGGGAGUGUGGGGUUGGUGGGGCGGAGUACAGGGGAUGGAGGUUGAUCACGUGUGCUGCUUUAGCAUUGCUACUAACGAGCAGAUCCAGAGGCCUCCCCGACGCUCACUGGGGAAGAGAGUGUGAUGUCAGUAUGAUCCAUCACUAGAGAUCAUUAUCUGUGAUGCAGAUCAUGAGUGUUUUCCUCCUUGGGUCUCACACUGAGGAGUCCAGUACACAGAGAGAGGGGGGAGGGAAGAUGAGGAGGGAGGAGGGAGGAGCGACCGGUUGAGGAGGUGAGGAGGUCUGAACCCCAGUGGUUCGGUCAGUGUUGGACUGUGUCCACGUCUCGCUCCGUCUCCUUGCCAUUGGCCCGCCGGACAACCUCGCUUUCUUUAACAACCAAUCAGAAGAGUAGAUAUGACCAUCGCCGGGAUCACAGGGGGCUGCGUGGAAGCUGAUUGGAGGAGGAGGAGGUCAGGUGACUUCCUGUGAUGACAAAGCAGACAGCAGGAGGGAAGUUAAAGUCAGUUUACAGAAGCUCUGUCGGUACGAAGGAUCUUACUUUUGAAGCUUCAAGAACCUAAAUAAAUGCUCUUUUUUUUUUAUAAAUGUGCUGAUGACUUGAAAAGUUGUUUUUGUGGUGUUUUCCUUUUCUUUGUGUUAAAAACAAGUUAACAAAUGAACCAAGUGUAAGAUU